GAACAACCGCUUCUGUAGCAACGUCGGUCUGUGUGGUGUGUCUGGACACGUCGUAACCGGAAGUACGUCCCGUUAGCUGACUGUACGCAUUUUAGCAAGCAGGAAGGCAAAAGGUGCAGUUUUGAAGUAGGGAUGUACAACAAUGCAUUUAAAGUGGUAUAUAUUUCUCCUGACAACAAACACUGUCAUAGUUAUUUUAUUUUACGGAGCUCUUCGUUUCUCGAAUGACACCCAUAGGUCCACAAACAUGUACGAAGGCCUUUGGUUAAGAAGAGAAAGAGGGAUUCCAGAAAAAUGUGAAAAGGACAUAGAAUUACUAAUACUAAUUCCAAGUUCAAUUUGGAAUUUCAAACAGAGAGAGGCCGUGAGGGAAACAUGGGGAAAUAAAAAUAGCACCGAUGCCAAGACAAAACUGGUGUUUCUGAUAGGAAAAGUUCAUGAUGACGGGUAUCGAAAGAGGUUUGAGGAAGAAGAAAAAAGUUACAGAGAUAUACUGCAACGGGACAUCAUGGAAUCUUACGCAGGUCUUACCAAAAAGUCUAUUGCACUGUUAAAAUGGGCUCACUUAAACUGUCCGACCGUGAAGUAUGCCCUCAAGGCUGAUGACGACACGUUUAUAAAUAUUCAAAAUUUGGUGAAUCUGUUACGAAAAUUGAAGCCAACUAAUUCAAUACUAGGAAUAUUAAAAUCAAAUGCGAUACCUUCCCGAGACAAAGGAUCAAAGUGGUAUGUUUCCAAGGAACAAUAUCCAAAAACUAGGUAUCCUCCGUAUACAAGGGGAAGUGCUUAUAUAAUAACCGGUGAUAUCAUUACACCGUUAUACAAUUCUACAAGCACCGUGCCUUCCUUAUUCAGAGAAGAUGUUUUCAUUACUGGGAUAUGUCGGAAAGAAAUUGGCGCAGACGUCAUUAAUCUUUCUGGUUUUGACUCGAGUUCGAUACUACCCGAAGAAAAAAUAUUUUAUGCUCGGAUAACCGGGCAUCAUUAUUCUCCUCGAGACAUAAAAGAAAUGUGGAAAGAACUUCUAAAUGGAGAAUCGACAUCGACAGUAUCUAGGGGAUUAAUACAGUUAUAAUCUUCAGGAAAUAUAUCCAAAUUCACAAUGGAAUUAUAUUGAAUAUCAUACAAUUAUUAACAUUUUUUAGGUCAAUACGAUGAUUUAGAUACCUGAGAAGAACAACUCCUUCGGUGAGAUGAAUAUUGUACUUCGAGGGUAGUUAAAGCAAUUAUAUUAACUGAGAAAAUGUUUUAUUAUAUGAUUAAAUAAUUUAAUGAUCUUAAA